AUGCAUCACCAGUGCCGCUCACCCACACACUACUGCCGCCGCUGCUGUUGAGAGCGUGUGCGUGUUGUGUCUAUGUGUGUGUACGUGCGUGUACUGUGUGUGUCGUCCAUUGUUGCUCGGCUCCAUCUCAGCUGUACGGCGCAGGCCCGAAGUAGCGCAGCCGCUCUGAGCCAUUGUAAUCUGGAUCCACCUGUGUAGACGAAGGCGUCAGUCAUGGAGGAUCACUCCGUUCACCCAGCGGAACAGAUGACCACCAUCGAGGCCAGCGCCGUCAGUCAGCAGGUUUUCCACUUGAAAAAGAAAGACCAAGAAGUCGGACAGGUUCAAUAUCUCGAGUUGGAUGUACGACAGGUGCACGUGACCACCUUCACCGACGCGUCCAUGAUGAGCGCCGACGAGGAUUCCACCUCCUCGCCGGACGACGAUCCCUAUGACGACACGGACAUCCUCAACUCGGCCGGCAACGAUGAGGUCACCGCCCAUCUGGCCGCCGCAGGUCCCGUCGGCAUGGCCGCAGCUGCCGCCGUGGCGACGGGAAAGAAAAGGAAGAGGCCCCAUAUCUUUGAAUCCAAUCCAUCUAUCCGCAAAAGGCAGCAGACGCGUCUCCUCAGGAAGCUGAGGGCCACCUUAGAUGAAUACACCACACGUGUGGGCCAGCAGGCCAUCGUGCUAUGCAUGUCCCCCAACAAACCCAACCCGGUCUUCAAAGUCUUUGGCGCUGCUCCGUUGGAGAAUGUGGUGAGGAAAUACAAAGGCAUGAUGCUGGAAGACCUGGAGAAUGCUCUGGCCGAGCACGCCCCCGCUGGAGGGGAGCUGGCGUCGGAGCUGCCCCCCCUCACAAUUGACGGCAUCCCCGUCUCUGUAGACAAGAUGACCCAGGCCCAGCUACGAGCGUUCAUCCCGGAGAUGCUGAAGUAUUCGACGGGCCGAGGCAAGCCCGGCUGGGGUAAGGAGAGCUGCAAGCCCGUGUGGUGGCCCGAAGACAUCCCCUGGGCCAACGUUCGCAGCGAUGUCCGCUCUGAGGACCAGAAACAGAGGGUGUCCUGGACGCAGGCGCUACGAACCAUCGUAAAAAACUGCUACAAGCAGCACGGCCGAGAGGAUCUGCUGUACGCCUUUGAGGAGCAGCAGAUCACCACCACCACGACGCAGCACCACCUGGCGGCCGCGCAGAGCAUCGCCCACUUGGUGCCCUCGCAGACGGUGGUGCAGACCAUCAACAACCCCGACGGCACCGUGUCGCUCAUCCAAGUGGGGACGGGACACACGGUGGCCACGCUGGCCGACGCAUCGGAACUACCCGGCGUGACGGUUGCGCAGGUUAACUACUCCACGGUGGCGGACGGCGAGGUGGAGCAAAACUGGGCAACCCUCCAGAGCGGCGAGAUGACAAUACAAACCACGCAGGCGUCGGAGGCCACGCAAGCGGUGGCGUCGCUAGCGGAAGCCGCCGUCGCCGCCAGCCACGAGAUGCAGCAGGGAGCCACCGUCACCAUGGCGAUCAACAGCGAGGCGGCGGCCCACGCCGUGGCGACGCUGGCGGAAGCCACUCUUCAAGGCGGGGGCCAGAUCGUGCUGGCCGAGACGGCGGCCGCUGUUGGGGCGCUAGCAGGUGUGCAGGACGCAACAGGUCUGGUCCAGAUUCCAGUCAGCAUGUACCAGACGGUGGUGACCAGCCUGGCGCAAGGCAACAGGCCCGUGCAGGUGGCCAUGGCGCCGGUAGCCACACGCAUAAACAGCACCAUGACACUGGACGGACAGGCGGUAGAGGUGGUGACGCUGGAGCAAUGAUCCACCCGGAAGAGCAAGCCCUACAAUUAUCAAUUCUGUACAAAUCCGUGUCUAAAUUCACGUUCGGACGGAAGGGGAGUUACACGUGACGCAUCCUUGUUGUUUACUUUGUAAAGUGUGUUUUUGUUUUGCUUAGGUAUUUAUAUGCUAUUUCAAAAAUGCCUGGAAAUGAACCAAAAAGGCAUCACCGAUACCUGCACUCCUUUUUAUCAACUUCACUUGACAAUGAUAUAUUACUUAAAUCAAAUCACUGUACUCAGGAAGUACAUCAGCUAUUUUUUUUUUUUUUUUUUAAAGGAAGGCUGUAAUGGUUUUCCUAAGCAGACUACUUUCUUCCCCCCCUACCCACACAACUGUGCCAUCCUUAAUUUCCAACUUUUCAUGUUGUCAAAAAACAUUUUGUUUACUAUCCGUGUGUAAAUUGGCUUUGUCAGGAUAUACAUUGUAGUAUGUUGUACAGAUUGCGUAAUGACUCUUCACAGGAGGCAUUUGUGUUUAUGAGCAAGGUGAAUAAAAGUGACUUGACCUUUGCCAUA